AUGAAAGUUUACUCUAUAUUAAUUCUAAAUAAAGCAGGUGGUCUUAUUUAUCAAAAUGAACUUGUACCAGGUCUAAGUAAAUUGUCAGCUAACGAUUACUUGGUGCUAGCAGGUACACUACACGGUGUUCAUGCCAUUGGUUCUAAAUUGUCUUCAACGAUUAACAACAAUAACAAUCCAAACGGAGAAGAACUUAAUGCUGCCCAUAAUGCCAUCAUAUUAUCUUCUGGUAAAGCCGGGAGUGCAAAUAGUAACAGAACUGGCUUACAAAAAAUCGAAACUGAUAUGUUUAAUUUAUAUAUAUUUCAAACUGUUAGUGGGUUAAAAUUCAUUAUGAUCACAGCACCAAAUGUGGCCAAUUCAGAGACAGUCACCGAUGAGUUAUUCCGUCAUUUAUACAUACUUUAUUCUGAUUACGUUAUGAAGGAUCCAUUUUAUUCAUUAGAUAUGCCUAUAAAAAGUAGUUUAUUCGAUGGGAGAGUCAAGCAGUUGUUUGCACAACUGUAA